AUGAUAACAAUAUUCUACUCUCUACUCCUCAUCCUUCCCCUGUACAAGACCACAAGACAGCAGGUGUUCCUACUUCACUGUGGUUUCAGGACAGGGUCCUCCUUGUUAGGAGAGCUCUUCAACCACAACCCCGCCUCUUUCUACGUGUUUGAGCCUCUGUACGAAGUGCCGCAACACUUGCACUCCACAGUGUUAGAAGAUAUCGUGAAAACGUGUAGCAGCAAAUACUGGGGUCUUCUGGACAGAUCUCUUAGUUUCCAUGACAACAAUACUCUCUACUCUAGAUGUUUGUUCAGUGAACUGCUUGUCAUUAAGACGAUAAGAAUACGGCACGCUAAGCAGAUAUUAGCCCUGAAACUGUGGAGCUCGUCUCUGCGAGUGCUGCACCUCAUAAGGGAUCCCCGGGGAGUGCUGCACUCACGAUUACAGUACCCCCGUCUGUACUCCAGUGGUGGGGCCUACCAGAGGGAUGUGAGCGGGGUUGGCAGGGCUGCGGGCCUGUUUUGUGAACAGGGUGUCAGGGAUGCGGAGUUUCUUCAGAAACAGUACAGAGGAGAAGUACUGGCGAUUAGGUUCGAGGAUCUAGCAACCAAGACUGAGCAGGUGGCGGACACAAUAUACAGCUUCCUACAGCAGGACACUCCGGUAGAGGUAUCUGCCUGGAUUAACAACCUGAGAACAGGAGCUCAGCUACUAAAUACUAACACAACAUGGCGCUCAACUAGGCAAGAUGGCAACCAGGUUCUUAAGAAAUGGCAGACUGGAUUGUCUUCUCAAAUGGUCUGUGAGAUUGAGAAGUCGUGUAAGAAGUUCAUGAGACUUUACAAUUAUCCGGCCAUGUGUUCCAGGACUGAGUGA